GACAUCUUUUACUUCUAUUUCUAUCUUGCAAUGGCUUCAAGGGAAUGGCUAUUCUCUCUCUUUCAGCUUCGUCUCACCUAAAGACUUGAAGCCCUUCUCAAGGUCUGAGAGGAUCUUCUCUAAGAGAUUAGUAGCUACCCAUAUCAUCACAGUUUGAGGAAGGAGACUAAGAAGGAAAAAGUCUUGGGUUUAGUUUGAUAUGUGGAAAAGAAGAGAGAAAACCGACAUUGAGAUGGGGAAGAAGGAGAGAAAGGAGUGCAUAUUGAGGAAUGGAGGGUUGUUAUUGCAGAAGAGAAUUUCUUAUUUUAAUGGCAAAUACUCCAAUCCCAUGCGUAGCUUUUUGGCCAAAGAGCUUCAAAAAGCUACUGACAAUUACAAUCAUGGGAAUCUAAUUUUUACAUGUUCGUCCCGUUUCAAAUGGUAUAAAGGUUGUUUGGAAGGUCGAGUGGUUUUUGUGAAGAAGUAUUUUGAUCAUUCCAUUGCAACACAUUCUCGUGGUUUUUUGGCUGAUCCUGAGAUGGUUACUAAUGAAAUGUCAGUUGCAGCACAAGUGAGCGGGCAUAAGAAUAGUUUGAAGCUUUUGGGAUGUUGCUUAGAAACACAAAUCCCCACUUUAGUUUUCGAAUUUCCAAUGAAUGGAAAUCUUGGGGAUCAAUUAAGAUCCAAUCCAACUGGUUUAUCGUGGAAGAGUAGAUUAAAAAUUGCAAAUGAGAUUGCUUCAGUGCUUACAUAUCUCCAUACUGCGUUUCCCAGGCCAAUCAUUCAUAGAGAUAUAUAUCCUGGAAAUUUCUACUUGGACCAAGACUUGUGUGCGAAGCUCUCUGAUUUUACAUUAUGUAUGGCACUCCCUGAGGGCAAAACACAAGUACAGAGUUUACGUAUUUCCGGGACUGUAGGAUAUCUAGCACCUGAAGUAUUGCGGCUGUGUGUGUAUUCAGAGAAGAGUGACGUGUUUGGCUUUGGCUUGCUUUUAUUCGACCUUCUAACGGGAAAGGACUAUCGUGAAUUAGUUGUGUCCAAAGGUUCCAUGGACGAUCUAAAGGAGGAUUAUCUGAUGGACUGCAUACAAUCCUAUAUCAGAAAUCAUGGAAUUAAUGGGAUUGUAGACCCUACUAUUCUAGCAGAGGGGGGAGGAGUCCCCCACCAUCAUCAAUUUCAAGCAGUAUUCCGACUUAUUCUCAAGUGUCGUAGAAUGAAUGCAGAGGAGAGGCCGAUCAUGUUGGAUGUAGCAAAACAACUCAGGCGAAUUCAAAGGGGAAAUUUCAUUUCUGAUGAAGCAAUUCGCAAUGAUAUGUUUUCUACGUACAAUAUUGGAUCAACACGUCUCUUGUGCCAUCGAAAGACUCUCGAAUAAUGUGGUAUUUUAAAUUAAUGUGUGAAAGACCGUAUAUUUUAUUUAAAUUUCUUAUUUUUUUAAGUGAGACUUUUAUAUAUAUUUGUAUGUAUAUUAUGCUUAA